CCUGCUGUUAACUCAUACUUCCUGAAGAAGCAGACAACAACAGUGGGGAUUCACAUCACUUCGGUUUAAUUUUAAACACAAACAGACAUAGAUAUUUCAGUCGUUUAACUAACACAGAAUUAAAUGGUCGACAUGUUUUCCUUCCACGUAUUUGACCCAAUGACCCGGGGAUUUCAGAACCGGUUCUCCACUCAGUACCGCUGCUACUCGGUGUCCAUGUUGGCAGGUCCCAAUGACCGCUCUGACGUGGAGAAAGGAGGCAAAAUAAUAAUGCCACCUUCAGCUCUCGACCAGCUCAGCAGGCUUAAUAUCACAUAUCCAAUGCUGUUCAAGCUGACCAACAAGAACUCAGACAGACAGACGCACUGUGGUGUUCUGGAGUUUGUGGCAGAUGAGGGAAUCUGCUACCUGCCACACUGGAUGAUGCAGAAUCUCCUGCUGGAGGAAGGCGGUCUUGUUCAGGUGGAAAGUGUGAACCUCAUGGUGGCCACUUACUCAAAGUUUCAACCACAGAGUCCUGAUUUCCUAGACAUCACAAACCCCAAAGCAGUUCUAGAGAACGCUUUAAGAAACUUCGCCUGCCUGACAACCGGUGAUGUCAUCGCCAUCAACUACAAUGAAAAGAUUUAUGAGCUGCGAGUGAUGGAAACAAAGCCAGACAAAGCAGUAUCCAUCAUUGAGUGUGAUAUGAAUGUGGAUUUUGAUGCUCCUUUGGGUUACAAAGAGCCUGAACGUCGACCUCAGCACCAGGAAGAACCAACUGAGGAAGAAGGGGAUCCCAGCAGUUAUGCUGACAUGGACAUGGGUUUCAGAGCUUUCACUGGCUCUGGUAAUCGUUUGGAUGGUAAGACAAAAGGGAUCGAGCCCAGCCCUGCUCCUCUUGGCCCAAGUGACAUCAAAAGGGGCAUUCCCAACUACGACUUCAAAAUCGGCAGGAUCACCUUCAUCAGGAACUCAAGGCCUCUGCCAAAGAAGGUCGUAGAAGAUGAUGACGCUUUGAACAGAUUCAUUGCCUUCUCUGGACAAGGACAGUCACUGCGCAAGAAAGGCAGAAAGCCUUGAAGAGAUUCACAAAGAGAGACUGACUGAUGUGCACUAAACCCACCAUAUCCAACAUCACCUUCAUCAGCAAUGUUAAAAAAAGACCUGGCUUUGAGAAACAGUGGGAUUUUUUUGUCUUUAUCUCAUUGAGUAGAAAGCUCUGCUGUUUACCCUGGACUACGCAAAUUGAUGACCAUGGUGUCCAGUUCCACAAAAACUGAGCUGCCAUUUGAAAUUUGGUACCCACAAGCCCAAAAUGUGUGAUCUGAGCCCCGAAUAAACACAAGAAAGACUUGUGAAAAAUUAUUACAAUGUAAUUGGCUUUGAACAAUUUCAGAUUUUGACCCUCCAUCCCUUCUUUCCUUUCUCUAAAGUGUUUUUUUUUUUUUUUUCAACUUACCUUAGCUAUACUCUGAUAAGAGAUCCGUUUACUGUUAAAUUGGGAACAGUAACAGCUCGUUACCAUUGUUUUUAAUUAUAAAGGAUUUAAUUUUAUGUUUGAGUAUUUUUUUGGGCUUCAGGAAUGAUUUUCAAGGAUGAUUUGUUCUGGCUUAUUUAUAGACAAAUAAAGGACUAUGUAUUUCAGUUCA